AUUCUCUCAGUGAGUGACAACACAACUUGUAUGUUCGGUCGUUACCGUCUCUGUUUAUGUUUUUUAUGUCUAUUGUGUUUGUUAUGCAAGGGACGUUUGUUGUUUAAAAAUGAAAGUUAUUAAAGAAACAUUAAAAUUGUUAUUGGUUACGGCCCUUGUACUCAUGAACGUGGCUGAGAAGGAAGUAAAUAAGCCUAUAUUUCGUUUCGGUUCAUGGGAUUUUGCGACAAUAUUAAAAACAACUGCUUUUAUAGACAGAACUUUAUUGAUCAAAGAAUUUUUGAAAAUGAAUAAUAAUAUAUUAAUAGUGGCUCCUAAACGUUCUGGGAAAUCGACAAACUUGAAUAUGUUGAAAUCGUUUUUUGAAAUCGCUGUUGAUAAAAACGGGCAGCCAAGAAAUCCUAAGGAAUCAGCUAAUUACGAGUUGUUCAGUGAAAGAAAUCUAAAAAUAUUUUCAUCUGAGAAAUUACUUUUCCACAAACAUUUUGGAAUGUUUCCUGUAAUUUUUAUAGACUACGGCGUGUUCAGUGAAAUUAACAGCUUCACGAGUGCUGUAGAAUCGUUUAAAGAAAUAUUGUUGAACUGUUUCGAACAGCAUGAAUACCUGAUUCAUAGUGGAAAAUUGUGGUCCAAUCAAGAUGAAAAAAACUUAUUUAUGAGAUAUAGCGGAUGCCCUGGAAUUUUCUCUCUGAAUGAGGAUGAGUUGAAAAAUGGCUUUAUGUUUUUAUCGAGGCUCUUGUUCAAACAUUUUAAUAGAAGAGUUAUUGUUUUGGUUGAUGAUUAUGAUGCUUUCAAGGAUAGCUCUAGUUUAAAAGAUCACUCUGAUUGGGAUAAAGUCUUAGCUUUCAUUAAAGAAGUAAACAGCAGAUUACUAUUGAGAAAUGACUGUUUAGACCGAGUUUUGAUAACAGGCACACUCCGCCAAGAUGUCAGUACACCGCCCGUACAUGCAGACGUCUUGCCAAAUAAUAUUGUGGAGUAUAACUUCUGCAAGUAUAACUGCUUUUGUGAGUAUUACGGCGUAACAAUGAACGAACUUGAUGAACUGUUGUCAAAGUUUUUAACAAACAAUUUACAAAGAGAGAAAGUAAAAAGCAACAUCAUAAUGCAAUCUACCACAUUGGAGCAGAACAACCAGAUAUAUAAUACAUGGUCGGUUUUACAUUAUUUGGCAAACUUCAACAUAAGUGCUAUUUAACUACAAAAACAAUUGUGCAGUUUUGAUAUGUGUGAAGAUGGUUCUGCCGUGAAAAGAUAAAGACACCAAGUUUCAACCAUAGUACAUAAGUAUUAAACUCAAGAGUUUAGCAUUCUUUUCAAUCACGAACUCGAAGGAUUUUCAACGAUUAGAAUCCUAGCAAACAUCUUUCAAUGUAUUCCAAGGAUAGAGUGAGUCAAUUCAAGGAACUACAGGGAACUUUUAUCUUCUGUAAAUGAAACAUGGAUCAAUUACUACUAGCUUGAACCUAAAACAGUCCAAGAAUAGGUUUCCAUAAAGAAAAGUAUGUACCAAGAAAGGGAAGGACUAUUUGUACUACCAAGAUUUAAAGUAAACUGCGUUUUGGAAAUGUCCAGGAAUAAUUAUCCACGGCUGGAAAAGUAUAAACCAAUUACAUUUCAGUAUGCAUCAUAAUUACAUUAAUUUUAAACAUAGCAAGAUACUCUACGGAUGAGUUACAAUUCCUGUACAGUUCACAUUCCUAUAGAGUUUUAUCCAAAAAUUGAAGAAGGUGGUGAAUCCAACACGUUUUCUCUCUCCUACUCAAAAUAUUUGGAUACUACGCACCAAUAAGAAACUAUUACUGAUUGGAACAUUGUUGGAUUAAAAAGUAAUGCCUAUUUUUUAUUAGUUACUCAUAUAUUUAUAUAAUUAGGCUACGUAGAAUCUUUAUUCAUAGAAAUGUACAAGCGAUGUAUAAUUUUGCACAAGACGAAGAUCUGAAUUUAUAACAACUCUAUGUGGGGAAAAAAAUCUGAAAAUAAAUAGAGUUUCUUUCAAAAGAA